AUGGGUGUACCAGCAGCAGCAGUAGCAAGUGCUGUCCCCAUCCUGGCUGCCUCAAGAGGCAAGGUACACGAAAAGCGCAACCUGCAUCCCCAUGUCGGCCUCUUGGCUGCCGGGAAGCGAGCCGCUCCCGUAGUGAAGAUGCCCUGCCAGCGCCCAAACCUCGGGGGCAUGGCCUUGUGCAAGUGGCCGUCAGCGGAUAACAGCGAAGUGGAAGUGGAAGUCGAAGGAAUGCUGGCACAUAAGAAUAAUCCUUCGAUUCCUUUGCUUCGCGGGCCGAUGGGUCAGCAGAUCUCGUGUUAG